AAAUGUCAAAGUUGUUGUUUUUUUUAUCAUGAUUACUAAUGAUAUUUGAUUUAGAAAUUUUUCACUCUUAAAGUAAUUUUGUUGUGUUUCUUAAAGCUUGUGUUUGUUUAUGGAGGUGUUGGGUAGUUGCUUGGAAUUUUACAUAAUUACUACAUUUGUUUUGAGCGAUUAAAAUGAAGCUAAAGUUGAGAUUGGCAACAUUAUCAUUUUUAUUACAUCUCGUGGUGAUAAUAAUUCUCCUUAAUUUUCCAACAUCUUGUGGAAAGUCAUUAUCGCCAAAUACGAAAGAAAUACGGAACGACAAAAACGAUGGUAAUAAUGAAUUGGAAAAACACCAGAAAAAUAAUUUUGUUCAUAACAAUUUAUUAAGUGAUCUUGCAAGAAUAUCAAGUGAUGAAGCUGUUGAUAAAAAACAGUCAAAUAUUGUAAAUGAAAAGGGUGCUAUUUCGAUGAAGAAUUCAGAUGACAAUGACAGCGCAAAUCAAAAAAAAACCAAGGCUAAAGUAAGCACUCCUGUGAUCAGGACUCCUGCAAAGUGGCAUCUCUUACUGAUGACAAAAUGAGCUCUGCAGCGGGAAAAAACGAUAAAAUAAGCUUGGUGAAAUUUACCAAACCAAAGAACAAUGAAUCAAAUAAGCACCAGACAAGUAGAUUUUCUAAAUUUACCACGCCCAAGAACGAUGUUCCUGACAUAGAGAGGUCUAAUGAUGAUGAUGUCAACAAAUCCCACCGUAUCCCCUCUGUAGUUAGCGAUAGAAACGAUCAUCAUCCAUAUAAGAAAGAAGAUAAUAGUAAGUUCUUGCACUCUGCUACUAGUUCAGAUCAAGAAGAACCAGGAAAAGAUAGGAAUAAGCCCGAAAUGAAAAAUUCAUCUUCAAAAGAGAAAGAUGAAUCCCCCGAAGUCAGAUCGAAUAAUAUACUCAAGAGUUAUGAAAAUGACGCAAGUGAUCAUGUGGUUGUGUGUGCAGGAGAAAAAGACGAUCGCUUGUCCUGAUAAUGCAUUGAUUAACAUUACCAAUGCAAUUUACGGUUACGAUGGUGAAAGUGGCUGUUCUAUAGACAAUUCACCAUUUUGUCAAGCUAAGGGCGUCCAUGAAGUUGUAAGAUCAGCUUGCCAAAAUGAGACAUCAUGCUUACUUCAGUCAAGUGGUCAAGAAUUUGAAGGAAUGUGUCCUGGAAAAAAUAACUUCCUUAAAGUUGGGUAUGUUUGUGAGAAACAACCAUCUUCAUUUUCAAGCUCAAACUUAAACUCAAACGAAGCAAUCACCAGUUGGCCUGCAUCAUCUAUUGAGUCAAUGCAGCAAAGUUUGUAUCAACCCAUAAAAGAUUCUUAUUCUAGUUACCAGUCCUCUCCUUACAUUCCACAUCCAUUAAAGAGUCAACCAAUAUCUUAUUAUAACUAUGCACACAAUCCAAUGAAUACCAUUGGUUAUGGUGAUUACAAUCAGCAACAAAAAUCCAUGUCAUAUAACACAGGCUUGAUGAAUGACAAAGUCACAUGGCCAAUGGCCAACCCUUACAACACUUACUUUGAAAAUCAGAAUUAUAAACCUUUUCAACCUAUGGAGCCUAAAAUGCCUGCAUCGUCAAAUUACUAUUUUGAUUCUGGAACAAGGAUGCCAUUUGGAAACCAGCAGCAGAAAUUUUGGCCUUAUGCAACUCAGGAACUGUUUCAAUAUCAACAACCUUUUGAUUCAUAUAAAAACAACAACAACAAACAACAAAAUUAUCCUCAGUAUCAAGAUUACAGUUAUCAAUACAAUAAUAUUGGAAAAAACUACGAUACAAAGAACAACCCUAAAAAAUAUGCUGACACGAAGUAUUCGCAACAGAAAACCUCGUCAAAGUCACGUUCAUCGACUAGUUUUCAUUAUCCACGCAACUCAUAUACGGGAUCAUGUUAUGCAUGUACUAGUUGCCAGGAUUGCUCUACCAAAUCGUAUUGUCAAGGAUGUCCAUCGUGUAAGAAAUUAUCUUGUGAUGAGAAACCAAAAAAAGAAGCAAAGUAUUUGGAUUCUAUUGAUAGUUUGAUUGAAGAAUUUGGAAAGAAAACUAAAGACAUGUCACCAAUGGAAAUGUCCGCUGUUGUAAUCUCUCCAGUUCCUAAAAAUUUUCAAAUCAAACAUUCCCUUCCUCUCGAGGAUCCUUCCUUCCGCCCAGAAGACAACAACGAUGACAAAGAUGAUGAAUAUACUGAAAUUGAUGAGAAGAAAGAUGUUGUUCAUAAAAAGGUUGAUGAUGAUGAUGAUGAAAAUGAUGAAAGCGAGUUGACGUUGGCUGACGGCGAAAACAACAGACAUGAAACCCAAAAUCAGGAAGAACACAAAAAAACAGCUGUUUUUAAACCUAUUGAAUUUGCGUCAGAAAUAAAUAAAUUCAAGCACAAGAAAAACGACGAGAAAGCAAAAAAAAUGAAGAAAAAAUCGCGUAAAAAGUCGAAAGCUAUUUAUGAUGACGAUGAUGAUGAAGAUGGCUAUGACUAUAAAGUCUAUGAAGAUCUACUCAAAAGCCAAAUAAAACAGAGUCAAGCAUCAAAAGAAACGUAACCAUAAGCACAAACAUAAAAAUCAAGAAAACAUAAUGUAAAACGUGAGUUGCACAACAAUGGACAUGCUGAGGAAGUCAUUGCGGAAGAAAAUAAUUAUGAUCAAGAGAUAUCUUAUCUUAAGCCGGUAUUCUAUGAUACUGCUAACUGAUGGUGACGCUUUAUGUGACAAAUGUAAAAAAAAUUAUUGGAGAAUAUCAGGAAGAGCAUUUCAAAAUUGCUUUUUUUUUGGUUACAAUGACGAUUACUAUGUUUGUAAAACAAACGAUUUACUUACCAAAUGGUCAAAACAAACUAAAGUCAAUCAUAGUUUCAUUAUCUUCUUUGGUAAGGCAAUUUAUCAAGAAAGAACAGUGUGGACUUUUUCCAAUUUUUUUUCUUUCUAAAAUUUUUUCCAACUGGAAAUUAGCAUUGUAGCUAUAUAUACUGCAAAUAAAACUAUUGCUGUUGGACAAUUUGCAUAGGAAACCAUUUUCCUUGCAAACAACGCCUUACGUUUAUUAUAAACUAUUAUAUAAAUCAUAUUUUAGCUCAUAAUUUCGUAUUGUUGAUAAUGCAGGACGUGUUACUGAAUGUUCCGUUUCGAUGAUUGCAAAAAUUAUCGCUACUAAAACUGUAUAUGUCAUAAAGAGGUGUAAAUCGUUUACCUUUUAACUAAGAGAAAGCUGGGUGUUACGAGUUCUAUGUUCUUGUUAUGUGUUGUACGUAAAGAUAAUUUUUUUUGAAUUGAUCAACAAUUUAAAA